CCUUCGGCCUCUACGUUCCUCUCCACGCCUCCCUCUCCGCAGCUCCCAGCGGCUUCUCUGGGCAGCGAUGGUGGAGUAGCUCGGUCACGACUCAGAGCAUUAUGAAGAUGUGCGUAUCACAAUAAAAGAAAAACAAAAAGGCGGUCGGGCGUGCUGCCAGAACGGGGACAGGUUUAGAGGUUGCACAUUGAGCUGUAAUGACUUCCUACGGCAGAGCCUGAUGGAAGAAGCGCUUCCGGCAGCCAUGGACCACUAAUCAACAAACCAGCCUUCCGGGCCAGAAGUGAUCCUCGCCUCGGGCCUCUCGGAAUCGUGCUGCCGCCCUGCCCGCUCCCGAGACGCGGCACUGAAGAGUGGCACCUUCUUGCCUCGGUCCAGGUCCAGGUCCAGACCUCCUCGUCUCCCAGCUGCCCUGGGCAUUAGGCGACUCCAGAACCCUGUGAUUGGCGCCUGCGCCUGCGCCUGCCGAGGAGCUCCCGAGGAACCUGGGCAUUCCUUGAGCUUGGUGCCUGUUCUUCGUGCUUCUUUAGGGAGAACAUCUUUGGUCCUACAGUGUUUCUAACACUGACAUUUUUCUAAGUGGUCUUGAACAGCCUACUUUUUAUGUACAUAACUGGCUAGAGCUCAUAUUUUUCACUUCAGAAGCCUACAAUCUAUAGUUGCCAGAGAUUUAAAAACACUGCUUUAAGGAUAUCACCUACAUUUAACUUGAAAGCUCUUCCUUUCUUAUUCCAAAAUGUUGAGAUACUGGGGAGAGAUACCAAUGUCAUCAAACCAGACCAACAGAAGUUCCUUUGAUUUGCUGCCACGUGAGUUCCGUCUGGUGGAAGUCCAUGACCCACCCCUGCACCAGCCCUCAGCCAACAAGCCCAAGCCCCCCACUAUGCUGGACAUCCCCUCAGAACCAUGCAGCCUCACCAUCCAUACCAUUCAGCUAAUCCAGCAUAACCGACGUCUGCGCAACCUCAUUGCUACAGCUCAGGCCCAGAGUCAGCAACAGGCAGAAGGUAUAAAGACUGAAGAGAGUGAACCUCUCCCCUCCUGUCCUGGGUCUCCUCCUCUUCCUGAUGACCUCUUGCCUUUAGAUUGUAAGAAUCCCAAUGCCCCAUUCCAGAUUCGGCACAGUGACCCAGAGAGUGACUUUUAUCGUGGGAAAGGGGAACCUGUGACUGAACUCAGCUGGCACUCCUGCCGGCAGCUCCUCUACCAGGCAGUGGCCACAAUCCUGGCCCAUGCAGGCUUUGAGUGUGCCAAUGAGAGUGUCCUGGAGACCCUAACUGAUGUGGCACAUGAGUAUUGCCUGAAGUUCACCAAGCUGCUGCGCUUCGCUGUGGACCGGGAGGCCCGGCUGGGGCAGACCCCUUUCCCUGAUGUCAUGGAGCAGGUGUUCCAUGAGGUGGGCAUUGGCAGUGUGCUCUCCCUCCAGAAGUUCUGGCAGCACCGCAUCAAGGACUAUCACAGUUACAUGCUCCAGAUUAGUAAGCAACUCUCUGAAGAGUAUGAAAGAAUUGUCAAUCCUGAGAAGGCCACAGAGGACACUAAACCUGUAAAGAUCAAGGAGGAACCUGUGAGUGACAUCACCUUCCCUGUCAGUGAGGAACUGGAGGCUGACCUUGCUUCUGGAGACCAGUCACUGCCCAUGGGGGUCCUCGGGGCUCAGAGUGAGCGCUUCCCUUCUAACCUGGAGGUUGAGGCUUCACCACAGGCUUCAAGUGCAGAGGUAAAUGCUUCCCCUCUUUGGAAUCUGGCCCACGUGAAAAUGGAGCCUCAGGAGAGCGAAGAAGGCAAUGUGUCUGGGCACGGUGUGCUGGGCAGCGAUGUCUUUGAGGAGCCCAUGUCAGGCAUGAGUGAAGCGGGGAUCCCCCAGAGCCCUGAUGACUCAGACAGCAGCUACGGUUCCCACUCCACCGAUAGCCUCAUGGGCUCCUCCCCCGUUUUCAAUCAGCGCUGCAAGAAGAGGAUGAGGAAAAUAUAAAAGGAAAAGAGGGAGAUUUUGUCCGAACCUACAAACCCAACAGAAAACCUUCAUGUGUUCAGAUUUGUUUCCAUAAAUAGUCACUUGACUCUUAUUCCUAAACACAGUGGAUUUUCAUGAUUUCAGGGGAACUGGACUUACCAAACAAGUUUGCAUUUUAUUUUUGCAUCCAGUUUUUGCAGUUUUCCACAACAACCAGCCACUUUUUGCAGACAUAUGACGCUUUGAUGGUAGUUGGGAGACCAAAGCAAUGUCCCUGACUGCUGUCCUUACUGUAUGACUGGUCAAGUUGCUUAGCUUCUCUAGAGCCAUUUCUCUUGCACAACGGAAAACAAUCAUGCCACCUGGACUUACCAUGCAGGGACGUCAAGAUCGAGCUGUUAUUCAACCUCAAAGCUGUGCUUGAACAGACCCACAGUAAAUAUAUGCUGGUAUCAAAUGUCAGUUUUUCAUUUGUUUCACUUUUGGUUUAAGUCAUUGGGAAUCCAGUCUAAUACCUAACAGGAAAUAGUUAAAUUCUGCA